UUUCUAAAAAAUCCCCAUCUUUUGCCGAAGCUCCCUCCGUAGUCCUAAACCCCGAUGUCCUAACCAGAAGUCUCCAACUUGGACAGUAAUGAUCGUGCCUCAGAACCAAAACAGUAGUAAAGCCGAAGCUUUUAACAAAUUAUAACAACAUAUUCUCUCACUGUCUCUGUCUUGAGCUCUCUCUCUCAGCUUCCUCAAAUCCAACACUAGACAUGCUCCGCCACAGCCACUCCCAGCUAGCGGCCACCGCCACCCACCUCCGUCUUUUCUCCACCGCUGAUCCAAACCUCCUCCUCCAAUCGUACACUGUGACACCACCACUCAAACCCUGGCCCCAGCGCCUCUACCCAAAGCGCCUAGUCUCCAUGAUCACCCGCCAACAAAAUCUCGACCUUGCCCUCCAAAUCUUCCACUACGCCGGCAAAUUCCACCCCGACUUUUCUCACAAUUACGACACCUACCACGCCAUUAUCCAACGCCUAUGUCGAGCCCGAGAAUUCAAUCCCGUCGAGUCCUUGCUCUCCGACCUUCGUCACUCCCACAUCAAAUGCGGCGAAAACCUUUUCGUCGACGUUAUACGAAGUUACGGUCUCGCUUCUAAACCUGACCUCGCCGUUAAAACCUUCCUGCGCAUUCAUACCUUCGAUGUUCAACGCUCAGUCAGGUCGCUGAACACUUUGUUGAACGCUUUGGUUCAGAACAAACGAUAUGGUUUGGUUCAUGUUUUGUUCAAGAAUAGUCAAACUAGAUUUGGGGUUGUGCCCAAUGUGUUUACUUGUAACAUUUUGAUUAAGGCAAUGUGUAAAAAGAAUGAUGUGGAAGGUGCACUCCAGGUGCUCGAUGAAAUGCCUGGUAUGGGGUUUGUGCCUAAUUUGGUUACUUACACCACUGUUUUAGGUGGGUAUGUUGCGCGGGGCGAUAUGGGUAGUGCUAGGAGGGUUUUUGUUGAGCUUUUUGAUAGAGGGUGGGUGCCUGAUGCUACUACGUAUACGGUUUUGAUGGAUGGGUUUUGUAAGCUAGGGAUGUUGGUUGACGCAAUUAAGUUGAUGGAUGAUAUGGAGGAGAAUGGGGUUGAGCCCAAUGAGGUUACCUAUGGUGUCAUGAUUGAGGCUUAUUGUAAAGAUAAGAAGUCGGGCGAAGCACGUAACUUGCUUGAUGAUAUGCUUGAGAAGAGAUAUAUACCUAGCUCAACACUUUGUUGUAAGGUGGUUGAUGUGUUGUGUGAAGAAGGGAAGGUUGAGGAUGCAUGUGCGUUGUGGAAGAGGCUUUUGAAGAAGAAUGUUACACCUGAUAAUGCAAUAUCAAGCUCACUUAUACAUUGGCUUUGUAAGGAAGAAAAGAUAAGGGAAGCAAGGAAGUUGUUUGAUGAAUUUGAGAGGGGUUCUAUUCCGAGUGUUUUGACUUAUAAUACACUCAUAGCGGGGAUGUGUGAGAAGGGAGAGUUGUGUGAGGCAGGGAGGGUGUGGGAUGACAUGGUGGAAAAAGGUUGUGCUCCUAAUGCUUUUACCUAUAACAUGUUGAUUAAGGGGUUUUGUAAGGUUGGCAAUGCAAAGGAGGGGAUCAAAAUCCUGGAGGAAAUGUUAGAAAAGGGAUGUUUGCCGAACAAUUCAACUUACUCUGUAUUGAUCAAGGGGCUUUAUGACUCCGGAAAGGAAGAAGAAAUUAUAGAGGUUCUUUCAAUGGCCAUGUAAAGUGGAGGAAUUGAUAGUAAUUCUUGGGGUCUUUUCUUAACCGACAUCAUUGUUAAUCUCAAUAGUGGGACUGAUGGUCUUAACAGAAUAUAUAUGGAUAGUGGUUUAUAAAAGUUCAUGGAUUAUAUAGUCAACUUCAGAGACAUGAGGGUUAGGAGCUGUAGACACCACAUUUUCGCGGUCUCUUACAGGAGUAUCUUUUUAAGAUAAAUCCAGGAGAUUUCUAAAUCUUACCAUCUGGCCCUGGGGAGACUUACAUUUUCUCUUCCCGGAAACUACAAAGAAUCUGAGGGUCAAGGGGAAAGAGGGGGAAGGGGUGGCGGUUGCCAAGAUGUCCCUCAACAAGUUUGUCUUGCUAUGUUUUCACUCCUAAAAUGCAUUCAAUGGUCAGUCAUGCAGAAGGGGGAUGUGCAUUGGGACACUGUGUUUGAGCUGCCUUUGUCCAGUAUUUAUCAUUGGAGAAGUGCAUAGCAAGGGCUCUUAACUAUUAAUGACUUUGUAGGAGCAUGGUAUGGCCAGUAGCCUAAUUCAAAUUGUUGGAUCAAAAGCAUUUGGGCAGGUCAAGGAAGAAACUGAUUUUAUUGUGAACAUUCAGAAUGUUUAAGUUCUGGUGAUGGCCAGGAUAUAUGGGUAUUUAGAUGCCAACAACGAUAAGAGAAACAUACUCUCUCUUCAUGGCAGGGUGUGGGGGAGUGGUGCGUUGGGGGGUGGUGCGUUCUGAAUUACUGAGGUAGUAUAUGCAUUCAAAGUGUCCGCACAGAUUGAAAAAGUAUAACUUGGCUUUCAACAUCUUAGCCUCCCUGAGAAGAUCAUAAAAUUUGCCGUUACACCAUUGCUUGAUAGCCAGUUCACAAUAAUUCCGUUCAGAAACAAGUAAUCCACCUCCUUUACAGUGUAAUAGAAUCAGAUCUAUAAGCAUCAAAUACCUAUAUAAAAAAAAAAAAAAAAAAAAAAUGUUUUAUAAGCAUCAAAUAUAUGGUGACAUAGCUCAAAUGCUUCUUGUCCUAUAUGCUAAUUUGUCUUUGUGAUAUCAAAGUCACUAUAUGUAAAUUGUAUGUUAACUUUAAACAUUUGCCUGAAUGCAUCUUAAAUUGAAGGUGGGCUUUUGGUGGAU